UGCUCAUAUUUUCACCCACCAUCUUUCCAAUUCUUCAAUGGGGCACACAAACUUUCCUAUGCGUUUAAAAUCCAAUUCCACCCCAAACUUUGUUGCAUAUUCAUACUUCAGUAUUUAGGAGAAUUAGAAUAACUUGGAGUGCUUGAAAUUUCAACAUCAUGAAGUUCAUUGUGGCAAUAACAAUUUUGGUGGUGACUUUCUUUGGAAUUGCCAUUGAUGGAUACAAUUGCAAGGUGGUUCAGUUCAUAUUCGGAGACUCACUCUCCGAUGUUGGAAACAACAUGCACCUUAGUAGAAGCCUUGCUCAGGCCAACCUGCCUUGGUAUGGUAUUGACUUUGGCAAUGGACUCCCUAAUGGAAGGUUCUGCAAUGGCCGAACCGUCUCAGACAUAAUAGGUGAUAGAUUGGGUCUCCCAAGGCCACCUGCUUUUCUGGACCCAUCCUUAACAGAGGACAUUAUACUGGAAAAUGGGGUGAAUUUUGCAUCUGGAGGUGGUGGGAUCUUGAAUGAAACUGGAGGCUACUUUAUUCAAAGGCUUUCAUUGUAUAAGCAAAUUGAGCUGUUUCAAGGGGUACAAGAAAUGAUAAGAAGCAAAAUUGGGAAAGAAGCAGCAGAUAAGUUCUUCCAAGGAGCUAGAUAUGUAGCAGCUUUAGGAAGCAAUGACUUCAUUAACAAUUACUUGAUGCCAGUCUACAGAGACUCAUGGAGUUACAAUGACCAAACUUUUGUGGACUACUUAACCGAAACUCUAAGAUCACAACUCAAGCUUUUGCAUAAAUUAGGAGCAAGGAAAUUGAUGGUAUUUGGGCUAGGACCAAUGGGUUGUAUACCACUCCAAAGGGUGCUAAGUACUUCUGGGGAGUGCCAAGAUAGAGCAAAUAAACUUGCUCUGAGUUUCAAUAAAGCAGCAAGCAAAGUGUUAAACGAUUUGUCUAACAGUCUUCCUAAUGCAAGCUUCCAGUUUGGAGAUGCUUAUGAUGUGGUUAAUGAUGUGAUUUCCAAUCCUUCCAAUUACGGAUUCAGUAACGCAGACUCGCCGUGCUGCUCAUUUGGGAGAAUUCGACCGGCGCUGACAUGUGUGCCUGCCUCAUCUCUGUGUACGGACAGAAGCAAGUAUGUGUUUUGGGAUGAGUAUCAUCCAUCAGACAGUGCUAAUGAGAUCAUUGCUAAUGAGAUCAUCAAGAAACUUGGAUUUGAAAGAGUUGAUCAAACAGAUGCACCAUCUCCAUCACCUGCCAUUGCCCCAUCUUUUGAGGAUUAAUGAUACUACAUCUUGAUUUUUCGACCCAACUAUAUAUUUACAUUUUUAAAUGUCUAAUGGAUUAUGAAUAAGUUGUUUUAUAUAUACAUUGUGCAAGAAAAGAAAUUUUCUUGAUGGAAUAUGUUUGAUGAGUACUAAUGGGGAUUCAACUUUGUUGCAA